CAGGUGGCCCUGCAGGACCUGCAGACCAACUCCAAGAUCGCCGCCCUCCUGCCCUACUUCGUCUACGUGGUCAGCGGGGUGAAGUCGGUGAGCCACGACCUGGAGCAGCUGCACCGGUUGCUGCACAUCGCCCGCAGCCUCAUCCAGAACCCGUUCCUGUGCCUGGGCUCCUACGUGCGCAGCCUCAUCGGCAGCGUCCUGUACUGCGCCCUGGAGCCGCUGGCCGCCUCCAUCAACCCCCUCAACGACCACUGGACGCUGCGCGACUACGCCGCCAUGCUGCUCAGCCGCAUCUUCUGGACCCACGGCGACCUGGUGAGCGGGCUGUACCACCAGAUCCUGCUCUCGCUGCAGAAGGUGCUGGCCGACCCCGUGCGCCCGCUCUGCUCCCACUACGGCGCGGUGGUGGGGCUGCACGCCCUGGGCUGGAAGGCGGUGGAGCGGGUGCUGUACCCCCACCUCCCCACCUACUGGGCCAACCUCCAGGCCGUGCUGGACGACUACUCCGUGUCCAACGCCCAGGUCAAGGCCGACGGGCACAAAGUUUACGGCGCCAUCCUGGUGGCCGUGGAGCGUUUGCUGAAGAUGAAGGCGCAACAGUCGCCCCCCCCGGCGCCCGGCGCCGUCCCGCGGCACGAGGGCUCCCCGCGGCACAGUCCCAAGCCGGACCCCCCCGGCGAGGCGGGUUUCGGCCUCAGCCGCCCCCUGCUACAACUCGGGGGGGGUAGCGGCGGCCCCCCCUCGGUCGCGGCCCCCGCGCCGCCCGCCCUCUCCCUGCACGACAUGUACCGCGAGCUCUACGACUUCUUUGGCGACAGCUUGGCCGCCCGUUUCGGUACGGGUUCGCCGUCGACCGUCCCGACGACCCCCGGUACCCCCGAAGGCGCCCGGAAGGAACCGCCGGCUUUCGGGGGCGAAGGGGCGACGCGUAAGAUGCCGCAGCUGACGGCCAACGCCACGGUGAGCCCGCGGGAAGAGGAGAGCCCCCGCGGCGAGCCCACGGCCGGUCGUCCGGCGCUGCAUCGCCCGGCCAGCCUGGCCCGACCCCGCGGGACCCCGCGUCAACCCGUCCACCGCCCGGGCGCCCGCGACGUUUUCCAAAAAUGCCGUUUCGCUCCGCGCGGCGCCCCGCGGUUCAGUUUCGUCAUCGCGGGUCGCCAAGCCGGGCGCCGUUGCCAAGGUCGCCUCUUCCAGACCAGUUUCCCGCAGCAUCACGGACCCGGCCACGUCUCCCGCUACGCCCAGAAGUUGCCCAUGAUCGGACGCACCGCCCGGCCGGCCCGGCGCUGGCCGCGCGCCGAGUACUCCCUCCUCCUCCUCCUCUGAGGUGGGUGCUGGGUGCUCGCCCCUCCAGCCCCCUGCGCCCCGACCCCCCCCAUCUCCCCAGGCCGGCUGGCAUCGGCCCCGGGCGGCGGCGUGCCCCUCGGUGAGGGCACCCAUGGGUGCUGCCUGCCCCGGGGGUGCCACCGGCCGCGGCCCCUCGCUGUCGCGUGGUUAAUAAAAAGGUGUCCGCUGCU